GUGGCUGCAUUGGCUGAGGGCAAAGAAUGGUCAAUUGAAACGUCUUCUGCCAGAAACUGGACCCCGCCUCAGCCCAAAGUUGCUUUGUCCUCAGCUCACCGAAGUUCCGCUGGACAACCCCAGAACGCCGGUGCAUCUUCUGACAAAGCCUUUGAAGACUGGUUGAAUGACGACGUUGGCUCUUACCAAGGCGGCCAAGAGAAUCGCUACGUGGGGUUUGGGAACACAGUCACGCCUCCGAAAAAGGAAGAUGACUUCCUCAACAACGCCAUGUCUUCACUAUAUUCAGCUUCAGAGUUAGGUCAGACUUUAAAUGAAAAUGUUCUCAAACCUGCACAGGAAAAGGUGAAGGAUGGGAAAAUCAUGGAUGACGUGACCCAGGGAGUCUCACAUUUGGCUUCCAAGGUCCAGGGAGUAAGUACUAAAGGAUGGCGAGACGUGACCACUUUUUUUUCUGGGAAAUCCGACGAGGCUUCUGAAAGGCCCCCCGAGGGAGACAGCUAUCAGAACAGCAGUGGCGAAGGCUACCAGAACAACGCGGUAGAUCAAAGCUUUUGGGAGACCUUUGGGAACUCGGACCCGCCCAAGACCCACAAGUCCCCAAGCAGCGACAGCUGGACGUACGUGGACAAUUCUACCGAGAAGAAGAGUUCCGAUAGCUGGGAUGUCUGGGGCUCUGGGACAGUCUCCAAUAACAAGAACAGUAACAGUGACAGCUGGGAAAACUGGGAGACCAGUUGGGAGGACGCAGGUGGGGAGGGCAAAGCCAAAAAGACCCCUAAGAAGGCAACAAAAGAGUCUUCUUCCGCAGCUGACGAUGGGUGGGACAACAAACACUGGUAGAACUUUGUCCCCCGUCUGGUGCGGCUUUGGAAAGAAGUCAUACCUCUGACGGAAAGGUUCCCCACCUAGCAGGAUUUAACCUCCUUGUCGUUUUGGGCCUGUUAAACCUCAUGCUUUAACUGUUCCAUUCUCUUUCCACUCCUGUUUACAACAACGAAAAGACAACUGUUCGUUCGCAGACCCUUGUAAUUAUCAUACGAAGAUUCGUCUCUCCCAUGGGAAUGACCUUCCGCCAUUAGAUGUACUCUCACCAUGCUGCCGUUGGACGCAGGACAUGCCGGCUCGCCUAAAGCAAGUGUUUGAAGGAAGUGGGUUUCACGCAAGCAUGCGUUCAUAGCACAAUCCUGCAUGUGUACUCUUGCAAGAUCGCCCAGCUUCUCUCUAGAACUUCUGGAGGGAGAUGAUGUUAACGGUAUCGUCAAUGGACUGCAAGUUAGGAAA